GCCAGCUCCACUUCACAGCCGGCCGGCCGCCACUCGCGAAGCGCCUCUGGCCCGCUUGGAGAGUAUUUCCCCGCCUCCCGCGCUCGUUGGCUUCUUCCUUCCUUCGCGUUUGCAGGCCGCUGAAGCCCGCCGUCCUGUGAGAGCCUGUUUCGGCCAGCCAAGCUGGCCUCAGCUGUCGCCAUGGAGCCUUGCGCGACGACGGGUGGCUCCUGCGAGAAGAAAAGGAUUAGCUCAGAACGUAGAAAAGAGAAAUCUAGAGAUGCUGCCAGGUGUCGGAGGAGUAAGGAAUCAGAGGUGUUCUAUGAACUUGCUCACCAGUUGCCUCUUCCCCAUCAUGUGAGCGCACAUCUUGAUAAAGCCUCUGUUAUGAGGCUUACAAUCAGCUAUCUGCGCAUGAGGAAGCUGCUUGAUGCAGAUGACCUAGAGACAGAAGCUGAAAUGGAGACGCAGUUGAAUUGUUUUUACUUAAAAGCUCUUGAUGGAUUUGUUAUGGUUCUCUCUGAAGAUGGUGACAUGAUCUAUACAUCUGAAAAUGUGAACAAGUGUAUGGGACUCACUCAGUUUGAAUUGACAGGACACAGUGUGUUUGAUUUCACUCAUCCGUGUGAUCAUGAAGAGUUGAGAGAAAUGCUCAUCCAUAGAAAUGGUCCUGUUAAAAAGGGAAAGGAACAGAAUACAGAACGGAGUUUUUUCCUCAGAAUGAAAUGUACGCUGACUAGUAGAGGAAGAACUGUGAAUAUAAAAUCAGCCACGUGGAAGGUACUUCAUUGUACAGGUCACAUUCGUGUUUAUGAGAAUUGCAACAAUCAGACUGUGUGCGGUUAUAAAAAGCCUCCCAUGACAUGUUUGGUAUUAAUUUGUGAGCCUAUACCUCAUCCAUCAAAUAUUGAAGUCCCAUUGGAUAGUAAAACGUUCCUCAGCCGCCAUAGCCUUGACAUGAAAUUUUCCUAUUGUGAUGAAAGGAUUACAGAACUAAUAGGAUAUGAUCCCGAAGAACUCCUGGGGCGCUCUGUAUAUGAAUAUUAUCAUGCACUGGACUCUGAUCAUCUGACCAAAACACAUCAUGACAUGUUUGCCAAAGGGCAAGUCACCACCGGACAGUAUCGAAUGCUUGCCAAGGAAGGUGGCUAUGUUUGGGUAGAGACUCAAGCAACCGUUAUAUACAAUACUAAGAAUUCCCAACCACAGUGUAUUGUGUGCGUGAACUAUGUCUUGAGUGGAAUUGUUCAGGGGGACUUGAUUUUUUCACUUCAGCAAACAGAGCGUAUGUUGAAACCAGUGGAUUCUCCUGAGAUGGGAAUGAUGAAAGUACUCAACAAGAGUGAUCUGGAAGAUAGCAACAGCCUCUUUGAGAAACUUAAAAAGGAACCUGAUGCAUUAACCUAUCUUGCUCCUGCUGCUGGGGACACCAUAAUAGCAUUAGAUUUCGGCAAUGAUGAGUCAGAUGAGCAACAGUCUGAUGAAGUUCCUUUGUAUAAUGAUGUAAUGCUCCCCUCAUCCAGUGAGAAACUGCAGAGUAUAAAUUUGGCAAUGUCCCCACUACCUGCCUCUGAAACAACAAAGCCACUCCGCAGCAGUGCUGACCCAGCACUCAAUAGAGAGGUGGUGGCCAAACUGGAACCCAACACAGAGCCCUUAGACCUUACUUUCUCCAGCCGGCAGACCCAAGAUCAACCAGCUACUCCUUCUGAUGGAAGCACUAGCCAAAGCUCACCUGAGCCCAAUAGUCCUACUAAUGAUUAUUGCUUCAGUGUGGAUAAUGAGAUAGCCAGUGAGUUCAAGCUGGAAUUGGUGGAAAAGCUCUUUGCAAUAGACCCAGAAUCAAAAAACCCAUUUUCAAUGCAGGAAACAGAUUUAGAUUUGGAAAUGUUGGCACCUUAUAUCCCCAUGGACGAUGAUUUCCAGUUGCGCACCUUUGACCAACUUUCUCCACUGGAGAGUAAUUCUGCAAAUUCUUCUUCUAAUGUGACUCCUGUGACAGGGUUUCAGCCAACUCUAAUGCAGUCAUCUGCUACAGACACGAUAAAACCCAUGACAAUCAAGCAUGAGACUGAUGCGAAGGUGCUUGUAACUCCUGCUCCUAUCAACCCAAAAGCACUCACAGAUCCUGCUCCCAUAAUUAGUGCCCUGGGAUCACCUUAUACUAAGAAUCAAAGUCGGACUGCAUCUCCAGUCAGAACAGGAAAAGGCACGAUAGACCAGACAGAGCAAAUGAAUCGAGCAACACCAGACUUGUUGACAGUCACUUUUGGUAAAAGUAGAUCAACUGAAGUGAAUGAAGAUAUCAGUCCAAGGAUAAUAGCUCUCCAUAAUAUUCAGAGGAAACGAAAAAUGGAGCAGGACGGCUUGCUUUUCCAGGCAGUAGGAAUUGGCACAUUAUUGGCACCGUCAGGGCCUCCUGGAACGAAUGUAUCACUGGCUUGGAAACGUGUAAAAGGAUGCAGAUCAAAUGGACAGAAUGAGGUGGCGGAAAAGACAGUCAUUUUGUUACCAUCAGAUAUAGCAAGUAAACUUCUAGGGCAGUCAAUGGAUGAGAAGGGACUCCCACAGCUUACCAGCUAUGAUUGUGAAGUCAAUGCUCCUAUACAAGGCAACCGAAACCUGUUACAAGGUGAAGAGUUGUUCAGAGCCCUGGAUCAGAUCAACUGAGCUUCUCCUGUACCUCCCUCUUCAUAAUUGUUCUUUUUUCUUGGACAUUGGUGAUUCACCACCUAAAAGCAGUCUAUUUAUAUUUUCUAUAUCUGAUUUUAGAAGCCUGGGUACAAAUACUGCACUAAUUCAGUUAGUUUGCAUCUGAUCCCUUUUCUACUUUGGACAGUCUCUUACAUAAUGAGUUUUGUUUCCUUCCUUCCUUCCUUCCUUCCUUCCUUCCUUCCUUCCUUCCUUCCUUCCUUCCUUCCUUCCUUCCUUCCUUCCUUCCUUCGUAACUCAGCUAAUGAUGCAUUUUUGGUACAUAAACAGUCCAAGUCAGUUACAUUUAGAACAUGCUUAUAAUGACAGCUUUGAAGUAGGCACCUUUUCAAAAAGUAUUUAUUUUUUAUUUUGACUGGGAGUUUGUCACUGAAGAAUUCUAUUUGAUGAUACAUUGCCACAAUAAAAUUGUCUGAGCUUUCUAUCAUGUAGUUGUAGGCAUACUUGAAGGCACAUUGUGCUGUUGAUCUCUAAUGUUUGGAUAAAUUUUUACUUUUACUUUUUUUUAAAAAAGAAAUAUUGCUUUGCAGCAGUGCAUUUGUAGCCACAAUCGCACAAUCUAUUUUCUUAUGAAAAUAAACAAAAUACCAGCAGUUCCUCAUGCAAUAUUGUGCGUUUAUAAAACUAGUUUUUAUGAUGAACAUUUUUUCUUUUAUGUUUCUCUUUUAUGUUAAUUACCUGUGAAAUCAUGUAGAAAUUUUGGAGUAGUGCUAUAUUUUUGUUAUGUUGUAUUUCAAGAUGUUCCUAAAUACUGUGUUUUAAUAUUAAAUAUGAUUAGGGAAAAAUAAGUUGAGCGUGAGAGGCUAGUAACAUCUGGAGAUUUUUAGGUUAGGAAAAAAGAUUAUUGGGGUAGGGAAUGGGAAUCUCAUACAAAUAUUUGUGGAGCAGGUGGAUGGAUAUUUUUUUCUCCCUUCUGCAUUUUAAAAAAUUGGGCCCACUGAAUAAAGUUGAUCUUCAGGCCAGUUGAAAAUCAAUUUUUUCCCUUUUUUAUUUUUUAUUUUUCUGCAAAUGAAUUAAUUCAUUGCCACAAUAUGGAGAUGGCCACUUUAGAAAUGGCUUUCUAAAAGAUGACUUUUUUUAAAAAAAUGGACAUGGAUCUUAAGGUCAUCUGUGUUUGAAGGCCAUGCACCUCCUAACAGUUUGCUGGGGGACAAACAACAGAGGAAAGACCUUUGUUUUCAUGCCUUGCUUAUGGACUUUCUAGAAGCAUCUGGCUGGACUAGAUGGACCUUUGGCCUGAUCCAGCAGGGCAGCUCUUUUGUUAUUUAUAGGAAGAUAUUUUCUUUCAUUUGAAAGAGAAUAAUUUUUUGAUGUUUAAGUUGUUUGGCCAGCUCAAAAUUCUCCCUAGCUCAUAGCUGUGAAAGUACAUGCUAAUACUGCAUACCAAUAACAACUUAAAUGUUCCCAUUACCCUGUUUGGUCGAGGUGAUAUUUCAAACAAAUCAUAAAACGUGUUGCUUUUUUAGCAAAGUUAUCUAGUUUCAUCACUAAGUUGUUUGCUGAUAAUUCAGUGUUUUGGAUCUUAAGUACCUUGUUGCUAUUAACAUCAGAGCUCCCCCCCCGCCCCAAUUAAGCAUAACUUUCAGUAAUGCUGAAUAUGCUUUAGAACUUUUUAUUUAGGAAACAAGUCACAAAACAUCUUAUUUUCUUUCUACAUGCUGUAUAAUAAAUUCUACCUACUCAUUCUUUUUUCCUUUUUGUGGUUGGAUAUGACACUAACUGUAUUGUUUUAUUACAUCAAUAAACUAUGUGGACCAGGCCUGUAACAAAGGGUUGUAUC